GUUCAACCACUCAAGUGAAGUGAGUGACCACUGACCACUGCCCAAUGUCUCUGCCAUCCGGAACGAGCAAACAGAACCGUCACACUGACAUGUUCAACCCAUGAAUCGUUCAUGCCCCACAUGUCAGUCAGCGGGGGCUUUCCUAUUCUCCCCUUAUUUGGUGGCCUCUCUCGUGAACGAAGCGAAGACGGCAGAACCGCAGAAGUGCAGCAGAACGAUCGGAUCUAGCAGAAUUCUCUCAACCUCAUCGGCGGCGGCGAAGAGCGUGCGGAUCGGAGAUGGAGACAAGCGGGUGGAGGAGGAGAGCGGCGGCGCGGGCCUCCUGGAGCCCCGCCACGGUGUACCUGUGGCUCGCGCUCGCCGCAGCAGCACUGACGCUCGCCCAGGCUAAGAAGGACCUAACGGAGGUUACCCACAAGGUCUACUUCGAUGUCGAGAUUGACGGCAAGCCCGCAGGUCGGAUUGUCAUGGGGCUUUUUGGGAAGACUGUUCCUAAGACAGCAGAGAACUUCCGAGCUCUUUGCACAGGAGAGAAAGGAAUUGGCAAGAGUGGCAAAGCUCUCCACUACAAGGGAAGUACAUUCCACAGAAUCAUUCCCAGCUUCAUGCUCCAAGGAGGUGACUUCACUCUUGGGGAUGGGAGGGGUGGUGAAUCUAUCUAUGGCAUGAAGUUUGCUGAUGAGAACUUCAAGAUCAAGCACACUGGACCAGGCCUUCUGUCCAUGGCCAAUGCUGGGAGAGAUACAAACGGAUCUCAGUUUUUCAUCACCACCGUGACAACAAGCUGGUUGGACGGGAAGCAUGUUGUGUUUGGCAAGGUGUUGUCUGGAAUGGAUGUUGUGUACAAGGUGGAAGCUGAGGGCCGGCAGAGCGGGCAACCAAAGAGCAAGGUUGUCAUAGCAGAUAGCGGCGAGCUGCCGAUGUGAUGAGCUGAACUGAUGUUCUAUCUGGAAGGAUGUUAAGAAGUUGCUGGUGACCAUUUGUCGUUCUGGAACUUUUAUUAGUGCCUGAAAUUGGACUGAACCAGUUUCUUCUGUUUGCUACAGUGACUUUCUUAUUUACUUAUUAGUUGAAAAGGUUUUAAAAGGUUGAGCUAAUCAGUGGUCUCGCGCUUCUGCAUCGUUUUCAGUUUCAUCUUCUAGAAUCUAGAAUAGGUUUUUGGUUGCCAUGUUGGAGUCUUUUAGUCCCAAAUAAGACCUUGUUUGUUAUUCCAAUUCCAUGUAAAUUGGAUGAGAUCGAAAAAUUUAUAAAAGAUUUUCACUUGUUUA